AUGCAGUCAGUCGAUGGCAAUCAAGCCGCAGCUUAUGUCGCGUACGCCCUUAGUGACGUCUCAUUUAUUUAUCCAAUCACACCGUCUUCCACUAUGGCGGAAAACGCAGAUGUUUGGGCAUCUCAGAAACGUAAAAAUAUUUUUGGCCAAGUCCCAGAAGUCUAUGAAAUGCAAUCUGAAGCUGGAGCAGCUGGAGCCGUCCAUGGUGGUUGUGCUGCUGGUUCACUUGUGAGCACUUUUACCUGCUCUCAAGGACUUAUGUUGAUGAUCCCAAAUAUGAUCAAAAUUGCUGGUGAACACCUUCCAUGUGUCUUCCACGUUUCUGCAAGAGCUUUGGCCGGUCAAGCUCUUUCUAUCUUCGGUGACCACUCUGAUGUGAUGGCAUGCAGAUCAACUGGAUUUUGUUUGUUAUCAUCUCACAACGUCCAACAAGCACAUGAUCUUGGAAUUGUUGCUCAUUUGUCUUCUUUGGAGUCUUCAUUGCCAUUCUUGCACUUCUUUGAUGGUUUCAGAACAUCACACGAAAUUCAAAAGAUCCACCAAUUGUCUUAUGACCAAAUCAAGACUUUGGUUGUCCCAGAAUACGUCGACAGAGCACACAAGAGAGGUCUCAAUCCAAUCCAUCCAUCCGAGAGAGGUACUUCACAAGGCCCAGAUGUGUUCUUCCAAGCCGUUGAAAAGUCCAAUAUCGACUACGACAGAGUCCCAGAAAUUGUUCAGAAGAAUAUGGACAAGGUCGCUGCUCUUACUGGAAGAAAGUACAAAAUUUUCGAAUACUAUGGAGCUGCUGAUGCAGAGAGAGUUGUUAUUGCUAUGGGUGCUGGUGUCCCAGUCUUGGAAGAGACUGUUGAUUAUUUGAUUUCAAAGGGAGAAAAGGUUGGUGUAUUGGCUGUUCACUUGUACAGACCAUUCUCUGCUAAACACUUCUUGGAACAACUUCCAGCAUCUGCUACGAAGAUAUCUGUUCUUGACAGAGUAAAAGAAAUUGGGUCAUUUGCUGAGCCACUGUAUCUCGAUGUUGCCACUGUGUUGAUUGACGCACUCAAAAAAGUCACUUUGGUUGGCGGAAGAUACGGACUUGGAAGCAAAGAGUUCACCCCAAUUAUGGCCAAGGCUGUCUUUGAUAACUUAAAAUUGGAAACGCCAAAGAACCACUUCACUGUUGGUAUUGAUGAUGAUGUGACUCACUUGUCACUCCCACUUGGAGAAAACUUCAACCCAAUUCCAGCUGGUACUACUCAAUGCAUGUUCUGGGGUCUUGGAUCCGAUGGAACUGUUGGUGCCAAUCACGACGCUAUUAGAAUCAUUGGUCAAAACACCGAGAAGUACGUCCAAGGGUAUUUCUACUAUGAUGCACACAAGUCUGGAGGAAUCACCGUGUCCCACUUGAGAUUUGGUGACAAGGAAAUCAAGUCGCAGUACUUGAUUCAAAACAGCGAUUACACUGCUUGCCACUUCCCCAAUUACGUUAACAAGUAUGACAUGUUGGCUACUGCAAAAGACAACUCUGUCUUUGUUUUGAAUUGUUCGUGGACUGGUGCUGAACUUGAGAAACAAAUUCCGGGCUCAAUGAAAAGAGCUCUUGCCAAGAAGAACAUCAAGUUCUACACAAUCGAUGCCAUUAAGAUUGGACAAGAAGUCAAAUUGGGAAGAAGAAUUAACAUGAUCAUGCAAACUGUCUUCUUCAAGUUGGCUGACAUUCUUCCAUUUGAAACUGCCGUUAAAUUGUUGAAAGAAGCCGUCCAGAAGACUUACGGAAACAAAGGCCCAGAAAUCGUCAAGAUGAAUCACGAUGCUAUUGACAGAGCUGUUGCUGGUCUUGUUGAAGUCAAAAUUCCAGAGGACUGGAAGAACGCAGAAAUAGAAGAGAAGGUUCACUUAAACGCACCAGACUUUGUGAAUGACCUUUUGGUGCCACAAUUGACAAUGCACGGCAACGAACUCCCAGUCUCCAAAUUUGCUGAAGACGGAUUCAUGCCAAUGGGAACUACCAAAUACGAGAAGAGAGGUAUUGCUACUGCCAUUCCAGCUUGGGAGUCUUCCAAAUGUGUUCAAUGCAAUUUGUGCUCAUUGUACUGCCCACACGCUGCAAUCAGACCAUUCUUGUUGAAUGAGAAUGAAGCCAAUAAAGCGCCAAAAGAGUUCGUUAUGAUCAAUGGAAAGAAGCCAGUAGAUGCUUAUAAAUUUAGAAUCCAAGUCUCCUCUAUGGACUGCACUGGAUGUUCAGUCUGUGUGACUGCAUGCCCAGCCAAGUGCUUGUCAAUGACUCCAUUUGAGAAGAUUGGUGGUGAAGAAGCCAAGAAUUGGGAAUACUCAAUGAUGAUAACAGAGAAGACUGAAGUUGCUGAUAGAUCCAACAUGAAGGGUUCUAUGUUUAGAACACCACUUCUUGAAUUCUCUGGAGCUUGUGAAGGGUGCAAUGAGACUGCUUUAGUUAAGUUGAUGACACAAUUAACUGGUGAAAGAACAGUCAUUGCCAAUGCUACGGGUUGCUCAUCAAUUUGGGGAGCUACAUGGGGAACCAACCCAUACACUGUUAAUGCUGAAGGAAGAGGACCCGCCUGGGGUAACUCGUUAUUCGAAGACAAUGCCGAGUAUGGCUUUGGUAUGUACAAAGCAAUUGCACAGAGAAGAAACUACUUAGUUCAAUUAUGUGAAGAAGCGAUCAAAGAAGGCAAAUUAUCUGCUGAGCUCAAAAGUAUUCUUGAGGCGUGGGUAACUAAAAAGGAAGAUGCUGAUGCUUGCGAGAAACUUUAUAAACAGGUUCUUCCAUUGUUAGCUGUAGAGAAGGAUACAUCCGCUGUUCUUAAAUUGAUCGAAGAGAACUCAGAUGUUUUCAUUAAGAUCACACAAUGGAUUAUUGGUGGUGAUGGAUGGGCGUAUGAUAUUGGAUACAAUGGUGUUGAUCAUGUCUUGGCUUCUGGUGAGAACGUGAACAUCUUAGUUCUUGAUACCGAAAUGUAUUCAAACACGGGUGGACAGAAAUCAAAGGCUACUAACUUGGGCGCCGUCGUGAAGUUUGCUGCGGGUGGAUGUACACGCCCUAAGAAGGAUCUUGGAGCUAUUGCGAUGUCUUAUGGCGAUGUUUAUGUCGCUUCUAUCGCACUUGGAGCAAACCCAGCUCAAGCUUUUAAGGCAUUCAAAGAGGCUGAAAGUUAUAACGGUGUCUCUAUUAUUAUCGCUUACUGCCCAUGCAAAGAACAAGGUGUCCCAUUGACUAAGUCUCUUGAAAUUAUGAAGAACGCAGUCAACAGUGGAUACUGGUCACUUUACAGAUAUGACCCAAGACUCAUCCAAGAAGGAAAAGCUGCUCUCCAAUUGGAUUGUAAAGAAAUCAAAAGUGAUUUGGAAGAGUUCAUGAACAGAGAAAAUAGAUUUGCUAUCCUCGGAAGAAAAGACAAGGAAACAGCAAAUAAGUUGCACGCUCAACUCAAGAAAAAUAUCAAUGAUAAGUUGGCUAGAUUAACUAGAGAAUCAAAACUCUAA